CAAGGAGCCGCCUCCCUCCCUCCCGCCAGCUCAGCUGACAAGAGCAGGCGGCGCAGCAACAACCGCUGAUGAUGGCAGACUCUGGAAGUCACCAAGAAGUGGCAGUUAUCGGCAACACAGACAUCACGCCCACGGAAUCCGAGAACAACAUCAUCAACACGAUGGUGGAGAAGGGGAGCUCCCUGUUGAAAAAACUGGAGAUCAAUGUGGCGGAGGCUGAGAAGAGAACGGGCAAAAACACCGUCAACAUGCAGGAAACGUAUACUGUCUACCUCAUAGAAACACGACCAGCUGAAACGGUGGCAGACGCAUCAUCACCCUCCACUCCCGACUGUCUGUGGAGGCGCUACAGUGAGUUUGAGCUGCUCCGAACAUACCUCCUGGUCACCUACCCUUACAUCAUCAUCCCUCCACUACCAGAGAAAAGGGCGGAGUUUGUGUGGCACAAGCUGUCGGCGGACAACCUUGACCCGGACUUUGUCGAGCGGCGGAGAGUCGGCCUGGAAAACUUUCUGCUGCGUGUGAUGUCACAUCCUGUCCUUUGCAAAGACAAUAUAUUUUUCCUCUUUCUCACAGAGGAGAAAGGCUGGAGGGAUGCCGUUUUGGAAACGGGUUUCCAAGACAAGGCUGAUUCCAGGUUGAAGUCCUUGAGCGCCAUGUUCAGAGUCAAGAACCCUGAUAAACGGUUUACAGCGCUGAAGCAAUAUAGUGAUGAACUGAAUGCUGUCAUCUCUCAGCUUCUCAGGGUGAGAGCGAGAGUUGCGGACAGACUAUAUGGCGUUUACAAAGUCCAUGGUAACUAUGGCCGAGUUUUCAGCGAAUGGAGCGCGAUAGAAAAAGAAAUGGGAGACGGGCUACAAAGUGCUGGUCACCACAUGGACACCUAUGCUUCGUCCAUUGAUGACAUUUUGGAGGAGGAAGAACAUUAUGCAGACCAACUGAAGGAAUAUCUCUUCUACACUGAAUCUGUCCGGUCGGUGUGUAGGAAACAUGAGCUGAUCCAGUACGAGUUGGAAGUAGCAGCUCAGGAUCUGGCCAGUAAGAAGCAGCAGAGAGAAGAGUUGGCCACUGGGAUGGUGCGUGUUUUCUCCCUAAAAGGAAUGACCAGUAAACUGUUUGGCCAGGAGAGCCAGGAGCAGAGGGAGAGCAGGUUGGCAUCCUUGGAGCAGAGCAUCCAGGAGGGAGAGCAAGCAAUGAAAGAGAAGAACACAGAGUGCCAAGAGUUUGUGCGAACAGCCUGGGAAGAUAUCGAGCGUUUUAAGGAACAGAAGGACAGAGAUCUGCGUGAAGCACUCAUCAGUUAUGCUAUCAUGCAAAUUAGCAUGUGUAAGAAGGGAAUCCAGGUGUGGUCCAAUGCCAAAGAGUGUUUCAACAAAAUGUGAUUCACGUUGAAGCCAAUCACAGCACCCUCCACCUUCCACUCAAAAAGAAUCCCCACAGAAUGUUCAGACCAGUGCCAUACUGGUCAGUUUAUAUCUCGCCGCCUAAUGGGGAUAUGACAUGAGCGCACAAAUACUUUGUUGGACAUGCCUAAUAACGCACACUUUGUUGUGAAUGCUUGAAUUAUUCAGUGAUCGAUAUUCAAUUUUCAAUCAAAGUUUGUCAGCAUGACGCAGAAUCACUUCAUCCUGCUCGGUUGUACGGCUGACUGCCCGACCCACAUAAGGUACGACUUACACCAGACUCAUUAGUAACACGGAUUGAAUAUUUGAGAAGAUGUAACAGACUUUCUUCGGAGAUAACAGUGGUUUCCCUGAAUGUGAUGCCUCACAAUGUUCAUUUGCUUUGUUCUUUUUUCUUUUCUUUUUUUACACUAAAUUAAACAGUCAGUUGGGUUGAGUUAGUAAUACUGAUUUGUGUUGCUCAACACCCAUCAUUACUCUACUUAAGCAUUGAGCUUUGACCUUUAAUCUGAUAAAGAGUAAACAAUAGUACAGCACCUAAGUGCAAAUAAAAAUCAGUUAAAGAAUGUUGGAAUAACUGUCACUCCUACAAGGGUUCAAUUCAUCAAUGACCAAACGUACAGUGCGUGUUUAUACUCUCAUAAAUGGAGCAGAAAAAACAUUUUGAAGGUUAAAAGUAAUGUUUUCAAUGGGAGACAUCUUCUUGCACAAUAAGACACUAAUAAACAUUUGUUAAAAAAUAACACCACCUGUGGUGUUGUCCAUUUCUCAGGUAAAAUGGUGGUUAGAGAAACAGUCUGCAAAAAUAAUUAAUAUGCUCCAUGCUCGGAUAUGCCACUGAUUGUUUGAUUAUUCCAUGCUAAAAAUGUGGUACAAUAUUAUUUUGUGCACUUUGUGAAUGGAAUAAAAUACAUGUUUUUGUGGACGCUAAAUGUGUUAUCAAUAACCAUACGUUUUUUGUAAACAAUUUGCAAAUAAAAAAAUGUUUAUCA